AUGGAGCAGGGAGCGCGCGGGGAGCUUGGUGGCUCACAGCAUUCUACCCGUGAUAGAGACCACCGAGCCCUACUCCUCCCGCGAGCUAAGAUUGAACAGCUACAACACUAUUUAUCUGCUCGGCGGAGGUACCUCGACUCGCACACAAUCCAGCUAUACCAACCACCACUAUCACCAUCCAUCGCCCAUGACACCACCCUAACACCCGAUUCACCAUCCUACCACCUCAGCCCCGGUGGCUAUGUCCCCGAUCCCCAACCCAUCCACCACACAGGACCUUCCCCAGAUCUCGCGCCAGCUAAGACACUUCAUCCUCUACCAGAGAGCGGAACUCACGCAGCGGGGAUAACUAGCUAG